AAUAAUAAUAAUAAUAAUAAAGCACUUUAAUCAAAUUCCAGUUGGUAUGAUCAGUUGUUAGAUCUUAAAAAGGCAAAUUCCAAAAGUUGGAGAACUGAAAACCAGAUCGUAAAAACUAAAAGGACGCGCUCUCUGUCACUAAGCUGAAGGCUAAAGCAAGCAGAUAGCCAAAAUACCAUGAAAGGAAAACCAUUUGGAUUCUUCUGUGGCACUAUUCUACGGUUUCCUGCUUGUCGUCUUCUCAGAAACUACAAUCCCUUCGCUUAGAAUUUCCCUUCGAAUCUUACCUGUUACGAUAUAUCUCUCUCUCUCUGACUCUUAAAUUUUCCUUUCUCCAUAAUCCAGCGGCUUUCGCACGCGUUCAUUGAAUCUGUGCACGGUUUAGUAAUUUCUACUUCGAAAGCUCGAUAGAAAAUGGGACAAGCUCUGGGUUGCAUUCAAGUGGAUCAGUCAACUGUAGCUAUCAAAGAAGCCUUUGGGAAGUUUGACGAUGUCCUUGAGCCUGGUUGUCACUGCUUGCCCUGGUGCUUUGGCAGCCAGUUAGCUGGUCAUCUCUCUUUACGUGUGCAGCAGCUGGAUGUUCGAUGUGAAACCAAAACCAAGGAUAAUGUGUUUGUUACUGUGGUUGCUUCUGUUCAAUAUCGAGCACUGGCAGAAAAGGCUUCAGAUGCUUUUUAUAAGCUCAGCAAUACCAGAGCGCAGAUCCAAGCCUAUGUAUUUGAUGUUAUUAGGGCAAGUGUUCCAAAAUUGGACUUGGAUUCAACGUUUGAACAGAAGAAUGACAUAGCAAAAGCUGUGGAGGAGGAACUUGAGAAGGCAAUGUCACAUUAUGGAUUUGAGAUAGUCCAGACUCUUAUUGUCGAUAUUGAGCCAGAUGAACAUGUGAAGAGGGCUAUGAAUGAGAUCAAUGCAGCGGCUAGAUUGAGGGUGGCUGCCAAUGAAAAGGCUGAGGCAGAGAAGAUACUGCAGAUUAAGCGAGCUGAGGGAGAUGCAGAGUCAAAAUAUCUGGCAGGUCUUGGUAUAGCGAGGCAGCGCCAAGCCAUUGUAGAUGGGCUGAGGGAUAGUGUUCUAGCUUUCUCUGUGAAUGUUCCGGGGACAACUGCAAAAGAUGUCAUGGACAUGGUUCUGGUAACUCAAUACUUUGACACCAUGAAGGAAAUUGGUGCAUCUUCAAAGUCUAACUCUGUUUUCAUCCCUCAUGGACCUGGUGCUGUGAGAGAUAUAGCCGCACAGAUCAGGGAUGGUCUUCUUCAGGCCAACCCAACUCAGUAGUGUUGCAAGUUUCCACAGUAUGUGAAGAAGUUUUAGUGGUAUUGUAAAGAGCUCUGAUAUGUGAAGUUUAGUAGUAUUGUAUCGUAAUAGACACUUUGAUCUAUUAAUGAUGACUCAUUUCAUUCUAUGUUUCAUAGAGUUAGUACUGAACUUAAGCGAAUGAUCCUACGUGGAAUUUAUAUUGAACUUGGUGUCUGUACAUGAUUUGCAGUUGACAUGAAAAUAUGUAUAUUUCUCGUAGUCUUUUUUAAGCAAA